AUGUCCCGCCCUGCUGUUGCCGAUUUUGUCGACUCCUUCUUUGCUCGAACUUUGUUCCAGCCAGAUGAUAGCCUAGCCGCUACCGUCCUAUCUGCUGAGCUCGCUCCAGAUGCCGCUAUCAACAAAUACGAGACAAGAGGGAAGGCAGAUGGCAAGGUGCUCAAACAAAGUGCUACGACUAUAGUCAAGGUGGACGAGAUAGACGGAAAGAAGCUGAUCACUUCGAUCUGGGAGGCUCAGACGGUGGAUGGAGAGUAA